ACGGGCGUUCGAAUCUAUUGGAACUCAGUGGAAGUUUCAACGGUAUCCCGAGGAUCCAUCGAUGUUCCUUUAAAUGUUUCUAUGGGUUUUGAUCUGUCUUUGCCAGAGCCAUACACCACUUAUAUUAUCACUAUGGCUAUUCUCAAUCGUGAUUCAGAAGGUGAUAUGAGUCAACCAUUAUUGGCUAUGACUGCAGAAGAUAGUGCCCCUCCUCCAUCAGAAAUAGAAGCUGAAAGCGUCUCUUCAGUUAUAAUCGUGACAUGGAAUGCGUCUCAUCCACUGCAUCGUAAUGGCCAUAUAAUGGGAUACACUAUUGACUACAAGAAGAUAUCACCCAUCCAUGAAGAUGCCCAUUCAGGGUCUAUUAUCACAUCCCAGGUGACCGACAUUAUCUAUGUGAUAAAAGGAGUGCAAGAUGGGGAGGUCUACGAGAUACGGGUAAACACUGUCAAUGGUUUGGGCCCGGGUGAAUGGUCAAGAACUCUUCUAAUCGAAGUUUUGGGAUAUGGACCAAGCUAUCAUCUUAAAGAAAUUCUUCUCUCUGCGCUCAUCCCAUCAAGUAUAUUGUUAAUCAUACUUAUUUUACUUCUCUUGAAAAGACGGCUAUCCCAUCAUACUCCCCAUACACAAAAGGAUGACGAACACGCUGACGGUAAACAGACUGAAGGUGCUUCCGAGACGUAUGUGGAGCUCUAUGAACGACCAAGCAAUGAGGCAGCUGCUUAUCAGGACCUUGACUUGACACGUGGAAGCGAAGCUGAAUAUAUCAACGGGCCUAUGAUAGACGGACCUCGAGGAAGAAAGAAUGUAGUAAAUUAAAAGGGAAAUGAUGACUGCUAGCUCGGGCAUGGCUAAGUCCUCUCAGAAUAGGACGUUUUGCUAUUACAAGUGCAUGGAUGUACUGAAAAAUAUUGUUUUAUUAUUGCAUUGUUUGUAUAUAGGCCUAUUACUGUUGUUUCUUUAUUUCAGUAUGCCUUCAUUUUUUUAGUAUAGUUAGUAUUCUGUGAAUCUGAAAUGAGAUUAAUUAGUGAUGCAAAUAUAUAUUGUCAUUUAAAGAAAAAUUGAAAAUCAUUUAUUGGUUUUGCACAGAAAACUGUGCUAAUGUUAAUGAAAUGUACAAUAAUUGUUUUGAAAAAAAAAAUCUGAUGCAUAUGAUUCAUUUUUUCCAUUUCAGACAGUUUGUA